CCCGCUCCAGUGUCCCGGAGGCUUAGCCGCCAGGGGUCAGAUCCACCUGGACACUUAAAGACCCACUGCACAAAGUCCGCUGAGCAGGAACCUCUGACCCCUGAAAGAAUGGAUAAAUUUGACCUGAUUAAGAUCAUUGGGGAAGGCACCUAUGGAAAAGUGUACUUGGCGAAACAUAAAACGGAAAGCAAUCAGUGUGUCAUAAAAGAGAUUGAUUUUACAAAGGAAAAAGAAGCUUCAAAGAAAGAAGUGGUCCUUCUGGCUCAGAUGAGGCAUCCCAACAUUGUAACCUUCUUUGGUUCAUUUCAAGAGAAUAACAGGCUCUUUAUUGUAAUGGAAUACUGUGAUGGAGGGGAUCUCAUGCAGAGGAUCCAGAGGCAGAGGGGAGUGUUAUUCAGUGAAGAUCAGAUUCUGUGCUGGUUCGUACAGAUUUCACUAGGACUGAAGCACAUUCACGACAGGAAGAUACUACAUAGGGAUAUAAAAUCCCAGAACAUUUUUCUUAGCAAGAAUGGGAUGGUGGCAAAGCUUGGGGACUUUGGAACGGCAAGGGCACUGAAUAAUUCCAUGGAACUUGCUCAAACAUGUGCUGGGACACCUUACUACCUGUCCCCAGAGAUUUGUCAGAACAGACCAUACAACAACAAAACGGAUAUUUGGUCUCUUGGAUGCGUCUUAUACGAGCUCUGCACACUCAAGCAUCCUUUUGAGAGUAACAACUUACACCAUCUUGUUCUGAAGAUUUGUCAAGGUCGUGUCACUCCCAUAUCGCCCCACUUUUCCCCUGACCUACAGUCCUUGAUACCUCAGCUCUUUAAAGUGUGUCCUCAGGAUCGACCAUCCGUUAACUCUCUUUUGAAAAGGCCUUUUUUAGAAACUCUUAUUGCCCGACACUUCUCUCCUGAGGUCCAUUCAAGAAGAAUUCAGUCCCAUGCUUGCAUGCAGAACGCAGCUAUCGGCCUCACAUCUCGCUGGGGAGGUAGUCCAUGGUCUGCUGCAUACCUUCAGAGGAGACUUGAAGCUCAGCAGUAUAAGUUAAAAGUGGAAAGACAAUUGGGUCUUCGUCCAUCUUCUGCUGAGCCACAUCCCAACGAGAGAGAAAACUUACAAAGCCACAGAGAGGAGACUAAACUCCAGGAGCUUCGGUAUAGGAAGAACAAAAUGAAGGACCAGGAAUAUUGGAAACAGCUGGAGGAAAUCCGCCAACAGUACCACAGUGACAUGAAGGAAAUUAAAAAGAGGAUGGGGCGAGAGCUGAAGGAGAAUGCAGACCUCAGACAUAAAACCUAUUUGGUGAAGAGGAGUCACCUGCCUGCCCACCCUGACAUUCCUGAGGAAGAGGCCUCGGUGCAGAAAGGAGUAAAGUUUGAAAUUAGCCUAGAUAAAUGUAUUUCUGGGGAUGACAACAUCCAAGAGAAUGAGGUAAUGGAUAAACUAAAUGACACUUUGAGCUUUGAAGAUGGCAUGAAGUUUCAGGAGUACAGACCUAUAAAGGAGCAUGAAGAUUACACAGACAGAGCCUUUGAAGAACUCUAUGGCCCAGAAACAGAGGGCUGCCACUUUUCUGAGAUCAUCUCUGUGGAGAACAGGAGGCGGUGGGAUGCCCGAGCGCCUCAGACUCUGCUGCAAAUAAUGGCAACAGCGGAUGUCACCUCCACCUGCCCCACCAUGCCUGAGGAUGGCCAAGUUGUUGUGAUGGAAGGUAGUCCAGAAAGUGGGAAGCAGUGGUGGUAUGUACCAGGGACCUCGAGUGCUUUGGCAGCAGCCCAUGCCUGCAGUAAUUCACUGUCAGCCAGGGAAGGAGAGCCUGGAAUGAUAAAACCACAGCUUCCUCAAGCAGACCGGGAAGAGGCAGAAAUAGCCUCUGAUGUUGUAGUGGAUGAUGAACAGCUGGAUCCAGGAUCUGACGGUGAUAUAAUAUAUGAGGAGUCUGAAGAUGAGUUGAGAAGUGAAAUGAUAGAAUCCCUAGAAAAACUUGCAACUUCCACAGAAGAAAGGGAAGAGGCUCCCAGCUGCUCCAAGAAUGCUGAAAAGCCAGGAGAGAAAGAAAGGCUAAAUUUGGCAGCCAGAAACUCCAGUGAAGGUCUGGAGUUUGGCCUGUCUAAUCUGCAUUGUUAAGACCACAGUUCAUCAAAUGCCAGUCAAGAUGUGCACAUAUAAAUAACCUACCUCUCAUUGCUGGUGAUUGAUGUCCUUAAAGAAAAAUCUCUCACUGAGCUUACAUACUUUGCCCAGAUUAUGCUCUUGAGGGACAACUGGUGAAUGCUGGUUUUUAGCUUUAACUCUAUUAAAUUGGAAUUA